AUGUCCUCAAACAACCGCAAAAAGCUACUUUUGAUGGGCCGGUCCGGUUCUGGGAAGUCCUCAAUGAGGUCUAUCAUUUUCAGCAAUUACUCUGCAUUCGAUACCAGAAGGUUAGGGGCCACUAUCGAUGUUGAGCACUCGCAUCUAAGAUUUUUAGGAAAUAUGACGCUUAAUCUGUGGGACUGUGGAGGUCAAGAUGUUUUCAUGGAGAACUAUUUCUCACAACAAAAGGAUCAUAUUUUUCAAAUGGUCCAAGUUCUAAUUCAUGUGUUCGACGUUGAGUCUCAAGAGGUGAUCAAAGAUAUCGAAAUUUUUACGAAGGCUCUCAACCAACUCAAGAAGUAUUCACCAGACGCCAAAAUAUUUGUCCUGCUUCACAAAAUGGACUUGGUACAGCGAGACAAAAGACAAGAACUUUUCCAAAUAAUGAUGAGCAAAUUACAAGAGACCUCAGCGGCCUAUGGUUUCCCUAGCUUGGUUGGAUUUCCAACAUCUAUAUGGGACGAAAGUCUCUACAAGGCAUGGUCUCAAAUCAUAUGUUCUCUAAUCCCCAACAUGGCCACUUACCAAUCGAAUUUAAAGAAGCUGAAAAGUGUUAUGAACGCCCGAGAAAUUAUCUUAUUCGAGCGAGCAACAUUCUUGGUAAUUUGCUCAAGUAACACGGCAUCAGGCGAACUUCUUGAUCCCAAGCGUUUCGAAAAGAUUUCAAAUAUCAUGAAGAAUUUCAAGCAAAGCAGUAUGAAAUUGAAAAGUUCUUUCAAGACAUUAGUUCUUGACAACACCAUCUUUGUUAGUGAGCUUUCUCCUAAUAUGAUGUGCUUCAUUGUACUGAAUAAGUCUGAUAGCCCGCAAGAACUAAUACUGGAAAAUAUAAAAAAAGUCAAAGUUCACUUUCAGUGA